GUUUGGCUGAACCAUUGCUUUGCAUGUACCCGCUCGCUCCAUAUAUCCACUCCGGACAACACACAGAAAGUGCGGCGCGGUGACGUCAUCAUGCGGUUAUAUGUACUGGUGCUGGUUUGUGUGGCGUUAGCGACGACCACUGCCGAUCCAGAUCCGAAGAAAUACAAGUCAGAAGUAAAAGAUAAAGACAAACAAGCAAAUGCGACGCUAACGGCAGAUGAGAAGAAAUUCCUUAGAGACGUUGAGGCAAAGUAUGGAAUCAACAAAGAAGCACCAAAAGAAGAUAAAAAGAAUGUCAGCGAAGAUAAGUCAAAAACACAGCAACCUGGAAAACCAACCUUCCCAGCUGUCAUAGCCAUUGAAAUAGUAAACGACACAGAAAAGUCGAAAGGCAAACGUACCAUAGACGCCAAUCUUGGAUACGGAUACAAAACUAACAACGGCUACACGUAUUCAUACUUCGGAAAACCUGCACAAGAAAAGGGAAAAUUCAUGAUCUAUCCUUAUUCCCAAGAAGAUAUUCCUCCAGCAAAUACUCAUUCCUUCAAUCAUUAUGAUCAAUCAGGCCAAAAGCUUAAAACCAGCGUCGAAAUUCAGACUUCACAAGCUUAUGAAUUGGUGCCUGUGAAAGAGGAGAAACCUGCGUACCACUAUGAGAAACCGUCUGUUGAGUUUAACACACCAGCGCCCCAGCCUGCAUCCUACUCUUCAUCUGAACAAAGCGGUAACUCAUACCAACAUCCUUCGACACUGUACACGACAUACAAUGGUGAACAAUUCUCCGGCUUAAGUGGCCAGUUCCCAUCAGUCAUGCCAGAUUACUUAGUUGACCCAACCCAGCUGAUCAAAAAUCCAGAAUACCAAAACGUUGGAUUGACCCAAGAUCAUUUACGUACACCCGGUUCUCACUUAGAGCAAAAGGUGGUUCCAGUCUUAGUGUUGAGAAUACCUAGCUCGUCUCUGACCAACCCCUCAGCUGAACUGUACGCUAAUUUACCACAAAACUACCCACUGUCUAAUUAUUUAAAUCAUUUGAACUUGCAAGAGUUAGUUAACCAGUACUUCAAGAAGGCUGGAUACAGGUUCGCUCCCCAAGUAAUGGCUUAUCCCAGCUCCCAAAGUCUCGAGAGUCAAGGUCAGGACAGUUACAGCCAGGGAGGGCACGGUCAGAGUGGAUCUUCUCAACAGGAGCCUCAGCAUUACGCAAACCCUUACGUCCAGCCAUCAUACACUCAAGCUCAUCUUUCCGCUGGAGUGCAAUACUCAGCUGUACAACCUGUCAUGGCUAGAUACCCAUCAAGUUAUGUUCGUCACCAGUACAUGUCGAUGCCUCAAGGAUAUUCUAUUUACAAACAAUCUUCGCAGCCACAGAAACAAGAGUACCAAUACCAAUACACACCACAGUCACAGUCCGCUGUUUCCUCACAAAAGUUUUACCUGCCUUCAUCACAAUACGAACAAGAAACGGAACACGUGAGUUCACAAGAGCUUCAAGAUCAUCAAUCAUCUCUGAACCAAGGAGGAGAUGGUGCUCAGUAUACUAGUGGCCAGGUUCAAUAUGAGGCUCCUGCACAGGUCAGUGCUGGCUAUGAAACUGCUGUCACUCCUGGAGCUGAGUACAGAACUCCGGGCGCUGAAUACGGUACUCCCGGUGUUGAAUAUGGUACACCCGCUCCACAUGCCGAGGCAGAAUAUGAACAUUCAAACACUGUAGCUCCUAAUUACGGAUCUCCAGAACAAUAUUCGCAUUCAGUGUCGGCCGGAUACGAAUCAGCAGUUACAUCUGCACCUUCUUACGAAGGAGCUAAAAACUCGGCUGUGUCUCAUAUUUCCAGCGAAUACUUUACCCGAAUUCAGCACAGUCAGCAACAGCCUGAAUCUCAAUCACUAUAUCAAUCGCAAAACUUACAAUCGAGCCACGCCUCACAAUCAGAUGAAGGUGGCCAGCAAAAUUAUGUGUAUGAGCAACAAGAGCAACAGGCAGAUGACGAAGGUUUAGUCCUGUCAGAGAACUACCCGAGCAAGGAUCACACAGUAGCGACCGUACUACCGACACACUACAAGGCUGGCAAACAGAACUCCGGAGCUAUUCAAUCUGUAAGCUACGUUACUCCUAUGCCUCAUUCAAAGUACCAGUUGCCAUACAAAGUGAUGGUGCCACAGACCUUCCUUCACAACCCUUCAACAGAGAAAGUGUCGUACGUAAACUCACACCCGAUGCCUUCAUCAUACAGCCAAUCGGUACUUCAACAAAACUACAAUCCUGAGGCGGAAUACACGAUAGGCUACCGUCAAGUACCACCAGUGGGAAAACAGAAGCCCCCAUCCUUCCCUAGAAAUUACCACUCACACCCUAAACGUAUGGUAAAGCCAGAACACAAGAACGAGUCAGGCCCAACGCCCUUCUCUAAGAACAAAAGUGAGAGAAAUGAAAAGAAAAGAACAUCGUCAUAAGUUAUACUAGAUCCAAAUGUUGUUAAGAAUUGUUAGGGUACUGUAAAUAUAGGAGCCAAUGUUGACAGAAGAAUAAAGAUUGAUGGUUUUUAAAGAAGAAAGGAUCUAUCAAGGUGGGAUGAAGGAAAGAAGAAAAUGAUUUCUUAUGAUUACUAACGCCAUGAAAUUAUAUAAUAUAAUGAGAUUAGAAGCACUUUAAGUGACUAUGUUAGCUAACAUCUCGACGGUUUCUUAAUAUGAAAGUGAGCAGAGUAUUCAUCAAGCACCAUUUAAAUGUAAAUAACACGUUAUGUACAAGAAGAGGCUGUUGUUAAGAACAAUAUACAUUACAGUUAAUAUCUUUAAGUAGAACGCAAUAAUGUAAAACAAUGCUUUGAAUUAUUUAUUACAAAAUUAGUUUUCGUGUCUUCUUCCUAAUAUGAUGUGCAAUAAUUUGGGAUAGGUCUGUACUUAGUGUAAGUUUAAUAAUUUAAUAAAGAUCGCUAUUGAUUGUAUUUGAAGUAA